AUGUUCAUUCAUUUUGUUAAAUCGGUUAGAGCAAAAGUGGAUCCAAGUGGAUUCCAGCCUGGCCUUGUUGACACGUCUGGUGCUGGUGGAGUUUGGCAAGGUCCACCACCCGGUUCGCAACCACCGUCACAAAUGCCACCUUCUACAAGUCAUUUAAUUCAUCCACCACCUCCACUUCAUCAUCAUCCUGGAAUGAAUACUAGUCGUAUGCCAAUCAUGCCACCGCGAGAUGUACAUUUUUCUCCUCAACAUAUGCGAUCAUUUAGGCCAUCAUUACCUCCUCCUCCGUCACCUGAAUAUCGGCUGCACGAUUUAAAUAAACGUUUAUCUAUGAGAACAGAAGAAUGCGAUAGUCUAUGGUGGGAUGCAUUUGUAAAUGAAUUUUUUGAAGAAGAUGCUACGCUAACAAUCUCCAUUUGUCUAGAAGAUGGACCGAAGCGAUUUAGUAUCAGUCGUAUUUUGAUUCCACGUUUUUUUCGUACAUUAUUUGAUGGUGGUGUCAAUGAAGUGUAUUUCCAAUUAAAACAAACUAAAGAAAUCUUUCAUAAUCCAACAUUAUCAUUGGAUUGUGAACAAGCAUCAAUGGUAACUUGCUUUGGAAAGCCACCACACAUUAAAGUUUGUACGGAAGGACAUCUCAUACUUGAAUAUACAUUCGAUGAUUUAAUGCGUAUAAAAUCUUGGCACUUCGCAAUAAAACAAUUUCGUGAACUAAUACCACGAAGUAUUGUUGCUAUACCGACGGAUAAUCCAAGUUAUCUUGAUCAAUUAUCAAAAAAUUUAACACGAAGUGGAUUAACAUCUGUUAUGUUAAAUUUUCUUCGACUAUGUGAAAUUCUCGAGCCUAUGCAGGAAUUAAUGUCACGCCAUAAAACAACAACAUUUUCACCACGUGAUUGUAUGAAAACAAUUUUACAUCAACGUUGGUCAAAAACCUGUUCAGAAUUUCCUCUGAGUCCUUCAUUUCAAACAACAGUACCAUGUCAAACAGUUCUAGUAUCAGACACUCGACCACCAGCAAAACCUCGACGGAAAAGAAAAUCAGCCGCAACAGCCAACAAUGCUAAUACACCAGGAAAUAAUAAUAAUAAUCCAAAUAAUAUGCCAAUAAAUAAAGAUACUAAUAUAAAUAAUUGUACAAUGUCAACGCCAACAAAAAAACGCUCACCAGCUAAUACAAAUUUUUCUCAAACAGCACAAGGAGCGGUAACUCCGAAUAUGAAUAGUAUGCCUGGGGAUGUAAUGAUUGUUGGCGAACCAUCAUUAAUGGGUGGUGAAAUGGAUGAUGAAGAUGAACGCUAUAUAACUCGAUUAGAAAAUACUCAGUAUGAUCCAAAUGUGCCACCAUCUAGUCAUCAUCCAACUCGAUAUCUUUCACCAACUCAUCAAAUGUUACCAGGAUUCCAUUCACAACAACAACAACAACAACAAAAUCCAAAUCUUCAAUCAAUACUUCAUCAAAAACAACAACAAUUUAUAUCUAAUUCACCACUUGUACAUACAAAUCAAAUAAAACGAGAACAAAUAUCAUUUCCUGGAUCACCACAACAACAACCACAGCCAUUGCCAUCGAUGUUUUCUACUGGCGGUCCACCGACACCAAAUUCAAAUAUGUUUCCACGGCCAUCGACUCCAAUCAAUGGAGAUUUAUCAAGUGGAGGAAAACGAAAUUCAACAACAUCCAAUAUUUCAGUAUCAGGGAAUGCAUCAAUGCUAAUGAAUAAUUCUUCCAACUCUCCACCAACACCAUCAUCGACAAAUCAUAAUCAGAAUCCUUCCACACCUGCUCCAACAGCAAUAUCAAAUCCUCCGACAACAUCGAUAAAUUCGUCCUGGAAUGGUUCAACAAUCAAUCCUAGUAAUUUAUCUUCAUCAAAUAAUCCAGUCAUGGGUGAAAGACAACAAGAACCACAUACACCACCGGUUACGCCUCAACAACAAACGAUUGCUACAGCCUCAUAA